AUAAAUACGUAUCCACCACAAACGCCAAUCCCAAUUCAAACCCAUUUCAUCAAAAUUCCAAAAUACAACUCAACCUUCGUUAUUCAUUCAUUCAUCUUUCAGCUGCAAUUAUGGUGGGAGCAAUUCACAAGUAUGCUGUUGUGACGGGCGCAAACAAAGGGAUAGGAUUCGAGAUUUGCAAGCAAUUGGCGACUCAGGGGAACAUUACUGUGGUGUUGGCUGCUAGGGAUCACAAUAGGGGCCUCGAAGCUGUUGAGAAAUUGAAAGAAUUGGGCCAUGGCGGCGGUCAAGUAAUUUUCCAGCAGCUGGAUGUGACAGAUUCAGUCAGCGUCGCUGCCUUUGCUGAAUUCAUAAAAUCCAAAUUUGGGAAGCUCGAUAUCUUGGUGAACAACGCGGGAGUUUCUGGAGCCAACGUCGACGGCGAGGCUAUGAGAGCUGCUGCGUCUAUGGCGGAGGACCCUUCAAAGGUCAAUUGGAGUGAGAUCAUAGUUGAGACCUACGAAACAGCAGAAGCUGCCUUCCAAAUCAAUUAUUACGGAGCAAAGAGGACUACUGAGGCUCUUCUCCCUCUGCUGAAGCUUUCUCAGUCCCCAAGGAUUGUCAACAUGGCCUCUGUCAUGGCGAUGCUUCAGAAUGUAUCCCAUGAAUGGGCUAAAGGGGUCCUCAGCAAUGUGGAGAACCUGACAGAGGAAAAACUGGAUGAGGUAGCUAAUCAAUACCUCAAAGAUGUGAAAGAUGGGGUGGCAAAAGAGAAAGGGUGGCCUGCAAGUUCGGGUUCAUAUGUAAUCUCAAAGGCAGUCCUGACUGCCUACACAAGGCUUGUCGCCAAGAGGCACCCCAGCUGUAAGAUCAAUGCGGUGUGCCCUGGAUUCACUAAAACCGACAUGAACCACCACAGCGGCUUUCUGACGGUCGAACAAGGUGCAGAAAGCCCCGUGAGGCUGGCCUUGUUGGGUGAUGAUGGGCCUUCGGGACUGUUCUUCAAUAGAAAACAAGUGUCCCAAUUUUAAGGAAUUAAUUAAGCGGCAGCCACUAUGGUCAUAAGCUAAUUUCAGAAUUUGAUAAUUAUUACUAUUAUUAUUAUUUGCAGUGAUUGAUGUUGUGAUUUGUGUGCAAAAAUUUGCUUCCAAAUGAAUGUUGAUUGUAUUGAUUCUUUAAAUAUUAUUCCCUGUUACUUUUGAAAUGGACCUUUCGACUUUUGUACUAAAUUAAAAAAUAAUAAUAUUU